ACUAGACAAUUGUCGCGGGAAUAGAUGGUCAAAUAAAAGGCCACUUUAGUAGCACUAUGGUUUGAAUUCUUGUUUGUGCAAUCCUACUGUGAGGUGUUAAUUGCGUGUGAAAAAAAAUGAAGGGAUUUACUCUUACCUUAUGCAUUGUUCUCGUUGUGCCAGCCGUUCUGGCAAAUAUCCGAGAGGAAUGCGAAUCUGGAAAUCUUGCUCCAGGCUAUUUUCCCCAUAGCCAAUAUUGCAAUAAGUUCUAUAGUUGUGUCUUUGAUACACUAUAUGAGCACACGUGUGUGAGUCCUUUCCUGUGGAAUAAUAACGUCCAAAAUUGUGACUACCCAGAAAAUGUACAAUGCGGAGAUCUGGUUGUGCCUCAGAAGCGUUCCGAUGAACCAGAAGAAUUACCUGAAGAAGAUGAGCUCCUUCCGCAACCCGCUCAAGGUUGCCCAUGUGCCCAAGGAUGCCAGGGUGCUGAUGAAGAUCCGUCAGCAGUUGGAUGUGGUUGUGGUUGCGGAGGGGGUGCUGCUGCUCCAUGCCCUGGAAAUUGUCCAGGUGGCUGUGGAUGUGGUUGUGGAGCUGCACAAGGUGGAUGCGCUCAAGCUCCUCAGGUUCCAUGCCCCCAAGUUCCAGGAAAUAACCCAGCCACAUGCGGUUGUGGCUGCAACAUUCCCCGACCACCAGUACCCGUUGACCUAAUUCGAAAAAUGGUACAAAGCCUUGAACCACCACGUCCCAAUUGUGGAUGCCAAAACUGUGGGUGUCAGAACUGUGGAUGCCAGGGCAGUGGAAGACAAAGUUGCGGAUGCCAAUCUGGCAAUAAUGUACCAAGACCUGAACUCACACCCUUCUAGACAUCAUGUUUGCACAACUUUAUCGCUAUAAAAGCGUUUUUUUUUUUCAGUUUGUCCCUUCUAUCGUAUAAUACCAGACUCGGGAUUUUUUAUUUCAAAUAUCUAAAGUUUUUAUAUUAAAAUACAUUCUUUCUCUACAUAUUAUAAAAUGUACAAAACAGCGAACAAAAUUUGUGAAAUAAAAUUCUGUAAUUAUAGUUUUCAA